GCGGUUGGCUCAUGCACGCAAUGUAUAUAAGAUGCAGAGGAGCAGAGCUAAUCCGCAUCCAGAGCCUCCGAGUCAGUACUCAGUCCUCAGCCAACAUGUCUCAAAGCAACCUGCAGAUGUCGUACUGUGCCUGGGCUCCGGACAGCAAGGUCGGCGACGCCGUGGAGAAGCGUAAGGCCCUCGACAGCGAGCACAACGAGUGGUUCCAGGCCCGUCUCGCGGAUGGCUCCGUCCUCGAGUUCGGUGGUGCGAUCUUGGCCAAGGACGAGAAGUUGCCGCUCACAGGUGUUCCCGACAUCGGUGGGACCUUGCUGAUCUUCAAGGCAGACAGCUUGGAGGAUGCGCGCAAGCUCAUUGAGCAGGAGCCGUACUACAAGGCCGGCGUGUGGGACACGAGCGACAUCAAGAUCGCGCCUAUCCUUUCCAGAGCUUAGAUCAGAGUAAUGCGAGUGCGAUGAGCCUCGAUAUGCCAA